CGGCAGGAAGUGCUAUCCCAGAGUUCCGCGCGGGCCCCGCCUUUCCGCCGGGGCUGCCAUCCGCGGGCGCAGACAUGGCGAUCCGCUACCCCAUGGCCGUGGGCCUGCACAAAGGCCACAAGGUGACGAGGAACGUGUCGAGGCCGCGGCAGUGCCGCCGCAGAGGGCGCUUGACCAAACACACCAAGUUUGUACGAGACAUGAUCAGGGAAGUCUGUGGCUUUGCUCCCUACGAGAGGCGUGCUAUGGAAUUGCUGAAAGUUUCCAAAGACAAACGUGCUCUGAAAUUCAUAAAGAAAAGGGUUGGCACUCACAUUCGGGCCAAGCGAAAGCGGGAAGAGCUUAGCAAUGUCCUGGCAGCCAUGAGGAAGGCUGCUGCCAAGAAGGAUUAAACUGUACAAAUUUCUGUAAUUCAGUAAAGUUUGUUCAAAAAACUCCA